AUGGGUCAAGAACCGUCACAUUAUCACCAUCAUCAUCCUCAUCAUCAUCAUCCACUCCCGUAUCCACCACCUGUUGGUUAUUGUCCACCGCCGCCUCAAUUUCCACAUCAUCAUAUACCACCACCUGUGCCUCAAUAUUGUCCAGCGCCAGUAGUUGACUAUUGUCCUCCACCACCACCGUAUUAUCAUCACCAUCAUCAUCAUGGUUAUCAUUAA